GGCAGGUACCACUUCCGGGUUUGGGGGGUGUAAACAACAGGACAGGUGAAUCACGUCUUACAGCUGAAUCACGUGCAGUACGUGCGCUGCCUUACAGGUGUGACCACAGGUGUCAAUGGAGUCCAUCUUCAGCUACAAGAAGGAUCAGGAUGAGGACUUGUACAAGAUACUGGGAUGUGAUGAACAGUCAACGACUGAGCAGAUUAAUCAGGAGUUCAAGUUGAAGGCCCUUGACUGUCACCCUGACAAGAAGCCAAAUGACCCAGAAGCAGCUGAAAGAUAUCAAAGACUUCAGCAGGCGAGGGACGUUCUGAUCAAUGAAGAGAGUCGGGCCAAGUAUGACCACUGGCGCCUGAGUGGGAUCGCCAUGCCGUACAAACAGUGGGUGGCUAUGGGCAAGUCUGUACAUACUUCUAUGCACUGGGCUAUGAAGACUAAGAAGGAUCCCAUGCUGGAUAACAAGCCUCACACUGACCAAUCAGAAGAUGGAGAUGAAGAUGCAAUCAGCCAAUCAGAGGAAGGGGUCUCAAAACCCGCAGGCCAAUCAAAAGAGUCUGAAAGAGGUGCUACUCACUCACAAGAGCAUCAGUCUCCCAGCAAGAGACUACGAGUUUUUGCAGAGUCAACUUCAGGACAGGGUUCAUCCAUAGCCUGGUCUAGAGGAGGAUGCUGGUCCAGCCAGUCGCCAAAUGAGACACUCCGGAAAUUCAGGAACUAUGAGAUAUAACUGCAAUGCUGCCUUGACCAGUAAGGGGGAGUGCUUGUCAUGUCAUGUCAUGUCACAGAGAAUGCAAUUUGUUCCUAUGGGCACAUGUGUAUCUCUGCAUUCAGGUACCUUAUUUAUUGCUGAGGACAGUUUAUGAUAGGUAUAUGUGUAUACAGUGUGUAGUUCUGAAAUGUUUCAUAUAGUCUUAUAGUUGAUGUUGUAUUUGUACAUAGCUUUAUUGAAUCAUAGUCUUGUAUUUAUAGUUGUGUCAUCUAUGUGUUAUAUUUGGAAUCUUGAUUUUAAUCUUAUGAGUCAGACGGUUGCCAACACACGUGACGCAUAGCUGAAAGCAUAGGCACCAUGAUAUAAAGUUUAUGUUACUAGUAACUUCUAAUAUCAUGGCUGUAUUUACAUUAUGCAAAAGUGAAUGAUGUACUGAGAUGGCCAAAAGACAGGAUACUUCAACUAUAAAAGUAAGUGUUGAAGGUUUCACCAGUGUACCAGUGCUAUUUGAGUAAAAGUAUGUACCCAUGCAUAGAGGAUGAUAGUCAAACUGUACACAAGUAUCACCUUCAUGGUCAUGAGUGGUUCAUAUGAACCACCAGGACUGUCUCAGUGUUUUUGCUGCUAAUAAAGAAAGUGUUCCUAUUGGUAAACUACAUGUAGUGUGUGUCAUCCUGCCUUGCAAAUAAUAUUUUUUCUUUCACUAAACUCUGGCUG